UUCAAGCCCGAAGUAGACGUCUUCGACACGGCCGAGUCUUUCGUCAUCCAUAUCUCCCUCGCAGGAGCAAAGAAAGAGGACGUCGGCGUCAGUUGGGAUGCGGAGAAGUCGGAGUUGAGUAUCGCUGGUGUCAUUCAUCGACCUGGAGAUGAGGAGUUCUUGAAGACCCUGGCGUUGGACGAGAGGAAAGUUGGAGUAUUCGAGAGAAAGGUUCGCCUGGGCAGCAGGGCGAAUCCUGCGCAGGUCGAUUCGGAUGGCAUCUCGGCGAGGAUGGAAGAUGGUGUGCUGAGGGUUGAGGUGCCGAAGCUUGACGCAGGAUACGUCGAGAUCAAGAAGGUCGACAUUGAAUAG